AUGGCUGACGUGAAAGAAACACCAGAAGCACCUUACGUCGACGGAUUCGUCAAAGAUGGAUUUGAAAAAGUCAGAGAUGUGUUCAGGGCCAAUUUGGAGAAUGGUUCUGAUAAAGGCAGUUCCGUAGCGGUUUACUAUGAAAGAGAGUUGGUCGUUAACCUAUGGGGAGGCUGGGUGGAGAUGGAGGCUGGAAUGAAAUGGAGAGAGGACACAAUGCCGUGUUUCUUUUCCUCUACAAAAAGUCCUUCAGCCCUUGUGAUAGCUCACCUUGUAGACAGAGGGCUUUUAGACUAUGGUGAAAAAAUAUCCACAUAUUGGCCAGAGUUUGGACAGAAUGGCAAAGAGAACAUCACUCUGGAAACUUACAUCUCCAACAAGGCUGGUCUUAGCGGGAACGAAGAACCGUUUUCUUUCAGAAUUAUUCUUGAUGACCCCAAACAAUGUUCAGAAGUUUUAGCCAAACAGAAGCCUCUAUGGGAACCAGGCACCAGACAUGGCUACCACCCUUUGACCUUCGCCCUAUAUUUAGAUCAAAUUGUGAGGAGGGUAGAUCCAGAGGGACGAAGUCUCUCUCAAUACUUCAACGAUGAGAUGGCCAAGCCGUUCGAUAUCGAAUUUUAUAUUGGGCUUCCUAAGGAACUCUUCUACAGAGCCCCUCGGAUGGCCUUGAUGGGAUCUAGCAAUGUAGAGGAAGUGAUGAAGAAAAUGGUAGCCGACCGCCCGGAUAUAACUGAGAUUGUCAACAAUACCGUCCCGGAUGGCAUGUUUGUUAACAGUCCUUAUAUAAGAGAAGUCCCCGUGGGGUCAUCCAUGGGACAUGGCACCGCCGCUUCCCUGGCUAAAUUCCACAGCAUUUUGGCUAAUGGCGGGGUUCACAACGGUAAAAGGUUGUUGUCAGAAGAGGCAAUUAAACGGCAGCAGGUACCCAGGACCACUGGGAAAGACCUAGUGUAUGGUAUAGAGACACUCUUUAGCCUUGGGACCAUGGUAUUUGCUGCAGUGGACGAUGAUCAGCCGCCUCAGAUGUCCUUUGGACAUGCAGGAUUUGGAGGUCAGAUGGCCAUUGCAGACCCUACCCAUAAAAUUGGUUUUGCAUUCGGAUCAAAUCACGUAAAUCCAGACAUGGACGAGGAGAAACGUUGGAAAGAUCUUUAUGACGCACUGUACGAGUGUGUGUAUAAGAUAAAAAACAUAUCUGCCAAACGGAGAAUUUUAGAAAACUCCGACCAACUAAAGGCUGCACAGGACAAGCAGAAUUCAUAG